GAAAGCUCGGAGAAGAUGUGGACACUGCGCCUUCACAUGGUUGCCAUCUGUCUUGCUUUGCAGGUUACAGGCUGUUUCCCAUCAUGCCUCAUUAAGGGCUCGGUGGCCCACUGUGCCCACAGGAAACUCCGAUGGGUUCCUCCUCUCCCUCCCCACAUCACCCGCCUGCACCUGGAGAUGAACGACAUCGGUGAGAUCAACGCCACCUCCCUGUCAGGGCUGGGCCAGCUGCAGGAGCUGGACCUGGGCCUGCAGAAAGUGCCACUUGUGAUCAGGAACAACGCCUUCAGCAGACAGAGUCGUCUGAGGAAGCUGGUGCUUCACUCAAACACCCGCCUUCAGCUCGAGCCGCUGGCUUUUGCCGGACUGUCAAGUUUGCAGAACCUCUACUUGGAUUACUGCUUUCUCAACGAAUCAAUUCUCGAGGACAAUUAUCUGCAGCCGCUCUCGUCUUUGGAGACUCUGAACCUCUUUGGCAACCAGAUAAGGAGACUUCAGCCCUCCAUGUUCUUUGCAAACAUGACCAAACUGACGGGGCUGAAUCUAAAGCUCAAUAAAAUUGACAAAAUCUGCGAGUCUGAUGUUGUUGGUUUCGAAGGAAAACACUUCUCGGUCUUCAACCUGAACUCUGUCCCACUGAAAGCGAUGUCCAGUAGCAACUUUGACUGGAAGAAAUGUGGGAAUCCUCUCAGAGGAAUGUCCUUCCAGGUCCUCGACUUGUCCCACAACAGGCUCAGCGUGAACCACUUAAGGCUGUUUUUCAGAGCCAUUGAUGGAGCAAAGAUCUCGCACCUUAAACUCUCAGGGCAUAUGGGGAGAGGGUUUUCAUUCAGCAAUCUCCCUGACCCGGACAACAGUACGUUUGAAGGAUUGAAAAACAGUUCAGUCCUCUCCUUGGAUCUGUCAAAAAACAGGAUAUUUGCAUUGCAGCAGGGGCUUUUUAGUCCGCUGAAAGAAGUCACGGCUAUUGAUCUUUCACGAAACAGAGUGAAUGAGAUACACAGACAGGCCUUUCAAGGUCUUCAGAAUAAUCUACAAGUGCUCAACCUGUCGCACAACCUGCUGGGGGAAAUCUACUCCCACACAUUUGCCUCUCUGACAAGCCUGCGGUUGUUAGACUUGUCUCACAAUCACAUCGGGGGUCUAGGUUAUGGCUCAUUUAGCGCACUCCCCAACCUGAAAGUAUUGUACCUAACAGGAAACUCUCUGAGAGACUUGGGUUUUCCUGCAGCUCUACCGAGUUUAGAUUACCUGCUGUUAAAUGACAACAAGCUGAUACCCUCAUCGGUGUACAGUCUCACCCAGUUUGCAUCUAACGUCACAUAUUUGAGCAUUGAAGACAACAAAUUAACAAACCUGGAGGAUGUUUCUACCUUUGUGAAUCAGUUUAAGCACCUCCGGUCUUUACUCUACGGAGGGAACAGGGUCAGGUGGUGCAACACGUCCAGCUCGCAAGUUGGUCCAAAUAAUGUCACGGUUCUGGAUCUUCACAGCGUCUCCUUACAGCAUUUAUGGACUCAGGGGAAAUGCCUGAAUCUGUUUGACAAUUUUGGAAAUGUGACCCUUCUCAUCCUGAGCUUCAAUGAGCUUCAGUCUCUUCCUGGAGGCGUCUUUAAAGGCCUCACCUCCGCGGUGGAGAUGGACCUCUCGCACAACGCCUUGACGUAUCUCCAGCCUGAUGUAUUACCCAAAACUCUGAGGAGACUGGACAUCUCAAACAACUUCCUAGCUUCCCCUGACCCGGCAGCGCUCCGCUCUCUCAGCUACGUGGACCUGUCGGUGAACAGGUUUCAUUGCAGCUCCAAGCUGGGCAGUUUCCUGACUUGGUUAAACCAGACCAACGUGACUUUUUCAACUCCUAUUCAAGAGCUCAGGUGUGAAUUUCCUUCCGCUUUUCACAAUGUGCCACUAUUAGAUUACUUUGCUCAGGUAACACAACAGUGACCGCUUUUGAAUGUGAAUAAACACUGAUUCUAUUUCAAGAUAAAAACCAAAAAAGG